CUAGCUAGCAAAUCUGAGCAAGCACAGGCUAGUGGUUGCACACGCCCUGCUCAUAUGGGCUGCUGCUGCUCAAAUUAUCAAGGACAUAUCACAUAUAGCUAGUGCUAAGUUUGUCUAACAGAAAAGAGAGAUCCAUCGGGCUUCCAAGGAAUCGAUCGAUCUGAAUUGCAUGCAUGGAUCGGAGCCAGAACAGAAAUAGAGCCAUGCAGAUGCAGAUGCAGAUGAUCUAUAGGAAACCGUUAGUUCUAGUGCACGCCAAAUUUAGCACCGGCCGGGCCGCUUUACUCGGAUCUCCCCCGCCCUCCAUUGCCAUUCCCCCAUCCCUCUCCCUAACCACACAGCGCUCCCGUCUUCUUCUUCCUCUCCUCCUCCCUCCCCCUCUCUCUGAUCGAUCCCCCGAUCGACGUCAGCCAUGAGAGGCGCGGUGCUGGUGGCCAUCGCGGCCGCCAUCGGAAACCUCCUGCAAGGCUGGGACAACGCCACGAUCGCCGGCGCAGUGCUCUACAUCAAGCGCGAGUUCCACCUCGAGACCCACCCGGCCAUCGAGGGGCUCGUCGUCGCCACCUCCCUCAUCGGCGCCACCAUCAUCACCACCUUCUCCGGCCCGGUGGCCGACAUGGUGGGCCGCCGCCCGAUGCUGAUCGCCUCCUCCAUCCUCUACUUCCUGGGGGGCCUCAUCAUGCUGUGGUCCCCCAACGUGUACGUGCUCCUCCUCGCCCGCCUCGUCGACGGCUUCGGCGUCGGCCUCGCCGUCACGCUCGUCCCCGUCUACAUCUCCGAGACGGCGCCGCCCGAGAUCCGGGGGCUGCUGAACACCCUCCCCCAGUUUACCGGGUCAUGGGGCAUGUGCAUGAGCUACACGAUGAUCUUCGUCAUGACGCUCAAGGCGGACCCCAGCUGGAGGAUCAUGUUGGGGGUGCUGUUCGCGCCGUCUUUGGUUUAUUUGGUGCUCACCGUCUUCUUCUUGCCGGAGUCGCCGCGGUGGCUGGUGAGUAAAGGAAGGAUGAAGGAGGCCAGGGUGGUGCUUGAGAUGUUGAGAGGGAGGGAGGAUGUUUCCGGGGAAAUGGCUUUGUUGGUUGAAGGGUUGGGGACCGCCGGCGAGACGGAGAUCGAGGAGUAUGUUGUCGGGCCGGCGGAGGGGGAGGUUGGCGGUGGCGGUGGUGGGGAGCAGGAUAGGGAGACGGUGACGUUGUACGGGCCGGAGCAGGGGCUGUCGUGGGUGGCGCAGCCGGUGGCCGGCGGGAGGGGGAGCAUGCUGGGGAGCGCGUUGGGGUUGGGUGGCGGCGGCAAUGGCGGGCUCGCGAGGCAGGGGAGCAUGUUUGAUCAUAUGAAGGACCCCGUGGUUGCGCUGCUCGGGAGCGUCCAUGACCGGCUUCCUGCUUCUGAAGGUGUUGGAAGCAUGAGGGGGAGCACUCUCUUCCCCAACCUCGGGAGCAUGCUCAGCGUCUCCGAUCGCGCCGGAGCUGGUGCGGGUGGAGCCGCCACGGGAGGGAACUGGGACGAGGAGAACGUGGCGCCGGAUCAGGACGAGGAUGAAGAAGAAGAGUAUUUGUCCGACGACGAAGGCGGCAAGGGGCUUCAGGCACCGUUGCUGUCGCGGCAGAGCACGGCGACGAACAACGAGGCCGCGGCAGGGACUGCUGCGGCGGCUGUAGGGGGACAGAGCCAGGCGAGCAUGCAGAGGUACAGCAGCAUCGGCGGAGGAGGGGAGGCGGCGAGCACGAUGGGGAUCGGCGGCGGGUGGCAGCUGGCGUGGAAGUGGACGGAGAAGGUGGGGCCUGAUGGCUUCAAGCGCGGCGGGGUCAAGAGGAUGUACUUGCACGAGGAAGCCGAGGGCGGUGCCGGUGGCGCCGCCGGAGCGCGUCCGGCGGGAGGCGAGUACGUGCACGCAGCGGCAUUGGUGAGCCAGUCCAUGUUGUACACCAAGGACGUGCUGAUUGGGCAGUCCCCCACCGAGCCUGCCUUCGCCAACCCGCCGGAGUCCGUCGCCGCCAAGGCCACCGACUCCGGCCCCGCCUCCCGCUGGAGUGAGCUCAUGCAGCCCGGCGUCCGCCACGCCCUCUUCUGCGGCAUGAUGAUCCAGAUCCUCCAACAGUUCUCUGGUAUCAAUGGCGUGCUCUACUACACGCCACAGAUCCUGGACCAAGCCGGGGUGAGCGUGCUCCUCUCAAGCCUGGGCCUCUCCGCCGACUCGACCUCGAUCCUCAUCUCGGGCCUCACUACGCUCCUCAUGCUGCCGUCCAUCGGCAUCGCAAUGCGGCUCAUGGACGUCUCCGGCCGCAGGAGCCUGCUCCUCUGGACCAUCCCGGUGCUCAUCUGCGCCCUGCUGGUGCUCAUCGUGGCCAACGUGGUGCCCAUGGCGACGACGCUCCACGCGGCGCUCUCCACGGGCUCCGUCAUCGUCUACUUCUGCUGCUUCGUCAUGGGAUUCGGCCCCAUCCCAAACAUCCUCUGCGCCGAGAUCUUCCCCACCAGGGUCAGGGGCCUCUGCAUCGCCAUCUGCUCCCUGACGUUCUGGAUCGGCGACAUUGUUGUCACCUACAGCUUGCCCGUCAUGCUCAGCUCCGUCGGCCUCGCCGGCGUGUUUGGGUUCUACGCUUUCGUUUGCUGCCUUGCUCUCGUCUUCGUCGCGCUCAAGGUGCCUGAGACCAAAGGGUUGCCGCUCGAGGUCAUCAUCGAGUUCUUCAAUGUCGGCGCCAAGGGAUUGCCAGAGGUCUCCGAUUGAUUCAUCGUCUAUCUCUCCAUGGAUCCAUGGAUCGAUCCGGCAUUGACGACCAUCCGUAAGCACACUCACGUACUGCAUAGUUGGAAGAAGAAGAGAGAAUAAAGAUGGUUAAUUAAUUAACUAAUUAGGACGGCAUUUUCAUUAUGUAUCUUUUUCUUGAGUCUCUAGCUCCCUGUUUUGGUCAUGGAGCUCUUAUUAUAUUCUUUGGUGUGAUACAAGGUAGGCUAAAGGCAGAUCGACCGAUAUGUGUUGAUCGAUCAAUACGUCAGUAUUACUGUUUUUUUCGUUCAGAUGAACAUUCAGUUCCUGUUCAAUCAAACAACUGUCUCGAACAGAGGAACACCACUGUAUGAUGAGUACUACAUUUGAUUGCUUUCACCAGAAAUACAUGAGAUUCAUUGCUAUAUA